AGUACCUACCGCGGCAGAUAUACUUAUUAUAAUUAUAGACCGUGUGUGCGCCACACCACACAACAUCACACUACGACCGACCGGACAUACAGCAUCACCAGUACAUAAUUGUACGAAAAUCUCGUUGUCCGACCAGUGAAACUAUUUCAGAUGGGCGCAAUAUGGAGUCGUCCGGCAGAUUUGCCAGCUUUAACAGCACCGGACUUAGUUGACGAAUCUUUUGAAAAUACUGCUAUUGAUGCCAAAGACCCAGAUGAGUUCGACAGAUAUUUGGCGAGUAUACGCGAACGGCGGCAUGACGCUCUUUCGUCGAUUAAAGCUGAGAUGAAUCGAUUGAGGGAGUAUAAAGAAGAACUGGAAAUGGUGAGAAAAGAAAAAGAAGGAUUAGAACAACAGGUCAAAGCUCUGAAGCAAGUAGCAAACAUCAGCAAUGAUAUGUUGAAAAUCAGAGAAGCACAGGUAACUGACUUGAAAAAACGAUUACAAGAAAUGGAAUCACACGCGGAUGAAUGUUUGGCUGAUUUGCGAGUGGAGUACCAGAAGCAAAUCGACAAUAUCAGAAAUUUACGUCGACUAUACGAAGAAAGGGCAGAAGCAGCAGCUAUGGGUCAUGAAAGAGAAAUUAAUAAAGAGAGAGCUAAAAAUUCUUUGUUAGAAGCAAAAUUGGCAGAAGAACUAAACAGUAAGCAGGGUAUGAAUGACUUUAUAGCAAAACUUGAAACAGAUGUUCAAGGUAAGCAAAUUGAAUAUGAACAAAUGAAAGCAAAAUACAUGACUACAUCAGCAGAUAGAAUGAGUCUUGCAUCACAAAUGGCUUUAGUUAAUAAUCUAUUCUCUACCUUAUUAUCUGGUGACGAGGGACCCGACUUUGAUAGAUUUGCUCGGAUGCUGGAGGAAAAUAGAGAAUUGAUAUCUGAUUUGACAUUCAACGGGGACAUUAAUGAAACGGCCUCUGUGUUGAUGGAUAUUGCUGGUGAUACAUUGGAGCGUUCCGAAGAAGUAGAAUGUACGUCAAAUAGGGAAAAAAUUGCUUCAAAUCUACCAAAAGUUUGGAGAAUACUCGUUGAAUUGUUGGGUCAUUAUGACAAUAAAACGGCGAAUGAGGUUCAGCCAGACGACUCAAAUGAAUCAAGGGUGGCUUCUGUGAGUAGAACAUUUUUGAAGCUUAAAGAUCUUAUCCUUGAAAAAAAUUCUCUGGUGAAAGAUAUCGGUAGACUAAAGACUCUUAACGACCAUCUGGAAUCAAGACUUGGUCAUCAGCAACAAAGACUUUCAACUGUGUCCGCCGAACUGUCGAAGGCGUGGAAUGCUGUAGCCAAGCUUAAUGCUCAACAUAGAAAACUUCAUACUCAUGAGAAGAUUCUAAGGUACGAAUUGCAACAUAAAAGAACUGUAUUAACUGAACUUAAACAGGAGCUAGAAUAUUGUCGAGAGAAAUGGGAUGAAGCCCGAUUGAAGAAUACUCAAUCUCAAGAAGAUUGGCAGUCGUUACGAGAAGAAUUCGCUCGAAGAAAAUGUAGUACAUCAGUAGAAAGUGGGUUCGAAGAUGACGAGAGCCGGGUAGCCAUUGCUGACAGUGGAGCUUGUAGUGAUGAUGAGAGUUGGUUAAAAACGCUAUCUUUAGAUACCUCAGAAACAGAAACAGUAGACGAACCCCAGUCAGAAACUGAAGCAACUGGGAUUAAAAGAUUAGAGAAACAGAGUAGAUCGUUGCUCAAUCAAAUGGUACGUACUUCUCGAACCAGUGACUCCAUAAGUGAGCGGCUUGAAGAAUUACAAAGACAAUACGGAAGAUCCGGACGACGGACCACAUCGGAGAAUGAAGAUUCUUCGGAAAUUUUAGUUGAAAUACCAGGAACUAGUACUUCAACACCAAUAAUGUUACAAUCAAAUGAAAACAAUACAUUACAAACUGAUGAAAUAGUUGUAAGAACUGAAAAGGAAGAAAGACUGCAACAAGAUACAGCUGUAUUACGGCCCGAAGAGGAGGAAAGACUGCAACGAAGGGCAGCUAGAUUAAAAAGAUUGGAAGAACAAUGUUUGGGGUUAUUCAGACAAGUAAGUGAGACUAAUGCGAGGAGUGAUAUGAUAUCUGAUCGACUGGAUGAGGUACAUGCUAGACAGGUUGCUAGAUCUAUUGAUCGGCAGGCAACAUCAAAUACUACUGUUCACCCCGACGAGACAUCUGAAAAUUUAUGAUAUGAAAAAAAUAAAACCACAUGAUUAAAAUGUUA